AGUGUCACGUGGUGGAGAGUUGUUGUUAUUUACACUGAAGCCACUGAAGUGUUUUGCGAAGGAAAUUAUGUGAAAAACUAGGGAGUAAUUUUUAAAGUAAAACCUGUGACUAGAGCUAUUUUCUUCAUGUUCAGUAAUAAGGUCACGUGGAAAUCAGUGUAGUUCUUGAGAAAAUCCUGUAUGAAUUUUGCCGCCAAAAUUUCAUCCAAUUUCCAAUCAAAUUGGAAUUAUCUCAGUGAAAAGUGAAAAUUACAAUGGCCAGCACUUCUAAAGUCGUGGAGAACAUAAUAAUUGAGGAGAUAGAUAGUACAACUCUCAAUGAGGAGGAAUUGUCCAAGUUUGUUCCGGCUGAUCCUAUCAAAGUGUCAAAUCUUCCCCCAAAGAAGCCCUUGGUGAGCUCCAUUGAGGAGGAGGAGGAGCUGAUAAAGCAACUGGUGAAUGGGGAGUUGUCAUUCAGUGAGUACAAUGAGAGAAUGGGUCAAAAUACUGAAGAUAUUGGAGCAGAGGAGGAAACAUUUGAGUCAGCUGACAGCAAUGCUGGGGAUGUAUUUGAGAGGGAAUUGAUGAUGUCGCGUCGUGAUGCCUUCCGAGGGCAGCUAUCGGGAUCAGGGACAAAGGAUGGGAGAACAUAUAGGAGGAGGAAGUGUAUUUUACCACCAGCUCUGCAGGGAUUGAUGGGAGAAGCUAAUUUGUGUUAUGCUCGAGGGGACAAUGAACUGGCCAAGAAAGUUUGCCUGGAGAUUAUCCGGCAAGUUCCAUUGGCAGCUGAACCCUUUCAUACCCUUGCUCAAAUCUAUGAGACCACAGACACUGAGAAAUGCAUGCAAUUCAUGUUGAUUGCUGCACAUCUCGAUCCUGGAGACACCCAUCACUGGAUGAGGCUGUCUGAGUUGUCUGAAGAGGUAGGGAAUAUGAAGCAGGCAGUAUUUUGCCUGACGAGGGCUCUAAAAUACGAUCCCAAGAAUAUUGAGUUGCGAGUCAGGCGCAUUGGCCUUCUAGAGAAAAUGGGUGAAGAGAGAUUUGUCCUCCAGUGUUACUUCACCAUGAUUCCCUAUAUUCCCGAAGAGCAGGGAGAGUAUCUGUUGUCUGUGGCCAAAAAAGUAGCCCAUAAAUUCCACCAAGAAAGCAAUGGACCAAAAGCACUGGAAGCCAUGAAGAGAGCCUAUGAGAAAAUCCCUCAGCUCUUUACAACAGCUGAUCUCAAUCUUCUCCUUGAGCUCUUGAUAAUGGUGGGGAAUUAUGAGAAAGUAGUGGAAAUCCUCUGUAAGCACACAGACGUCAGGGUGACCAUUAUAAAAGGCACAGUAACUGGCCUUGUUAUCCCUGAAUCUCUAAUCAUUGAUUUCCGGACAAAACUUGCCGUGAGUUUGAUUCAUCUCCAUGCCAAGCCCUUCAUUGACACAGUCAUCAACAAUAUCCUCCUCUACGUGAAUGUAGAAGAUGAUGGGGAUUGUGUUCUGGAAGUUGCUGAAGCUCUAAUGAUGGAGAAUGAGUAUGAUAGGGCUCUAAAACUGCUGAAUCCUCUCGUGGACAGUCAGAAUUUUAGCUAUGCCGAAGUCUGGCUUCGGCAUGGAGAUUGUCACAGAGCCAUUGAGAGAUUCGAUGAUGCAAUAAAUUCCUACAGAAUUGUCGUUAAUCUUGCUCCAACUCAUCUCGAUGCAAGACUCACUCUCUCUGCUCUGCUGAAAUUGAAGAAUCAACCACAGGAAGCUCUAAAAGCACUUGAACAGGAUUUGGAAACUGAUCUCAUAGAUCCCAAGCUUCUGUAUGAGAGAUGCUUCAUGCUCAAAGAAACUGGGAACAUUGAACUCUUUGUUGAUCUCAGCUACAUUCUGUUUUCGAGGCACUGCAUCAAGUAUAGGAACAGAGAGGAAGCUGAAGUGGCUGCAUCUGUUCAUACUUAUACCCAGAAGGUCGCCAGUAUUAAGGAGUUGAGACAAGUGCGUCUUGAGAACUUGGACGAUGCAGAUGGUCCAGAGUUUACAAAGAGCACUGAGGAGCCGACCCUGGAGGAAGAAUGGGCAUUGUUCCAGGAUGUCGUGAAGACAGCCUAUGAGAGUAGUCGCUUCGACGUAAUGGAAAAGAUAACUCUGGCUGCUCUUACGUCUAAGCGUUUUCAGUGUUACAUCCGGGACAUUGAAUUCAUGACGCUGAUCGCAUCCCUGAGCAAUAGAGACACUCUCGUUGGGUACUAUAUUAUCAAGGAGUUCCUUAUGAAGAAUCUCCAAGAGGCACGCGUGUGGAAUCUCUUCAAUUUGCUGAAUAAUAAUUCGGAGGAAAUCAGAGCCAGUCGUUUUCUCCAGAGAAUGCUAAAUCGACAUGGCCAUGAAUUGGAUCCUCAGACGAAUGUACUGAGGGCAAAUUAUUGGCUGGCCAGUGGAACAUACAAAUACGCCCUCAAUGACUACAUGUCCCUGUAUACGAAAACCAAGAGUUCCAUCAUUGCAUUCUUGGUUGGUGUAACAUUUCUGCAGCUCGGCAGUCAGAAGUUUGGCCAUCGGCCGACGUAUCUCAAACAGGGUAUCACUUUCAUGGAUGAAUACAUGAAAACCAGGGAAGUUGAGGCAUCUCAUGAGAUUUGGUACAAUAUGGGAAGAUUUUACCAACAAAUUGGAAUGCAUCACAUCUCGAUGGACUACUACAAGAAGGUUUUGAGUUUUACAAAUGACAUGAUUGAGGAGCAUUCAGACAUUGUUGAUCUCAAGAGGGCUGCAGCCUACAAUUUGCACUUGAUGUACAAGGAGGCAAAGAAUUAUGAUAUGGCCAGAUACUAUCUCUACAAUUUCGUCGUGGUCUAAAGAAAGAUAAAUAAAAUGUUUCACAGAA